CGUGCUGGACCAAAGAUUUGGCAAUGUCGAAUUGUAGACUUCUAGCGGCUUCGUGAAGACUACCAUCGUUUUUAAGUGCGGUAGGUGACAAGAGUUCCACAAUCGAUAGAACAGAAGCACUACUCGCAUAGAAAAGCGGAGAACGAUUCCACCUGUCACGGACCGAAGGAUCAGCACCCCGUUCCAAGAGCGUUUCUACAAUGUCUGCUCGUCCCUCACGUGCUGCAAGCGCUAUUGGAGGAAUUUCCGAAACUGAUGUAGACCUUGUUGGAGAAACUCCAGCAUUUAGAAGAGCCAAGAUGACGGAACUCGAGAUCAUUUUCUGUGGCUGCGCUAACGACCAUGUAAGAGCGGACAGUGUCUCUUCACCAACGGAUUCUUCCACUGUAUCGUUAACAGAUAUGUUAGGAUUACAGCCGUAGUGCAGUAACAGGUCUAUUGGAUGCUUGAUCGUAGCUAGCCUCGAGGUCGUCUGAUGU